GAAUCAACUAAUAAUUGUUUGGCAACAUGACUUAAGCGUUCUUCCAAGUUGAAGUUGUUGCUGUCUGCUUGUUGUCGAUCUUGUUUUUAUUUAUAAAUUCUUCCUAGGCGAUUAAAUUCUCCAUUCUUGAUAUUUUUAAUCAAACAUUGCUCAAAAGAAGAAAGUUUAAACUCUAACUUUAAGUAAUUGCUUUUGCAUUUAAUUAUGACAGAGAGUGAUUCAGGUGUUGAUACUGGAAGUGAAAGUAAUGAAAGCAAUUGCAUGUCAGUUGGAUCUCCUUCCCGUUCAGAUGAUGACAAGGAUAUUAAUGACUUUGUGGAAAAGCCUCAUCCUUUAUAUCAUCCUUCUGGUAUGUUUAAUAUAAAAGAUCUACAGGAAUCAUCUAUGUCUGAAUUAGAUCAGGCUACUUGUAGCUAUGGUUUUAGUGAUUAUCGACAGCAGGAACAAGUUCGUAAAAUGAGAGUGCAACAUAAAAGUCAUGUGAAAUGGAAAUCACAAUUAGUAUCAAGAAAUUUUUUAGGGGAAAGGAGGUUAAGAGCUGCUGCUAGUGCAAAUGCUUUGGAAACAGUGAGAAAUUUAUUAGACAAUAAUGUUGAUCCAUGUGGAGCUGAUGGAAGACAAAGAACUGCUUUACACUAUGCUGCUGCUGGCGGGCAUAUAGAAAUUGCCAAGCUUUUAAUUGAGAGAGGAGCUGAUCCUAAUCAAAAAGAUUCUGUUGGAAACACUCCACUUCAUCUUGCCGCCUGUACUACGCAAAUUGGAAUGGUCACUUUGUUACUUAGAGCAGGUACUGAUAUCAAUGCCUUAGAUUAUUCUGGUCGCACUCCAUUUCAUCUUGCCCAAUCUAAACUACAGCUUCUUCAACGAAAUGCAGAAUACUCUUCACAUGAGUUGAAGACAGAAGUUAUUAAGGUAUUAGAAAUGAUGCAGGUUUACUUACAAAGGUUUGGAAGAACUAGCGACAUGGGUUUCAUUAAUGCAUUUUCUAACAGACUUCAUCAUCAUCAGACUAGAGAAGAGGUUGAUACUGAUGUAAAAGAUUUGUUAUCCAAUCUUUCUCAUUUGAGCUUGCAACCAGCUUAACUCCUGUUGUGAUGCCUUUUCUCUCAAUAAUUCCAACUAUAAAACCAAGUUUUGAUAAAGAGUAUUUUUUAAACUGGACUACUACAUUUGGUGCAUUAUGUGAUUGAAAAACUUUUUUUAUUUGUAACGAAAAGAUUUUUUUCCCCAUUACAUGAUGGAGAUACUUUUUUUGUGCAUUACAGUGUAGUAACUUUAGAUGUUAUGGAUGUUAUAUUGUCUGUACAUUUUCAUAUUUUUUAGUUUAGUUUGUAUGAGCUUACAGUGGUUUUUUAUUAUUCAAAAAAGCUAUCGAUACUGCCGUUUAAGAAUUUAUGUGUUUCUGUGUGUUGUCCUUCAGCAGAUUUUGUAGUUCAUAACUGACUAUCUCAUUUUUUUCUACCUUCUUCAGUCUUUGUAUAAAUUUUAUUUUUUCCUGUCAAAUAUUGGAAAGUUGUUUUUCCCCUUUAUAGGCCAAAUUCAUUUUACCAUUGAGAAAAAUUAACCAUUAUUUUAGUAUAUUUAUUUUCCCAACUUUCUUGAAUUAUGUUGUAAAAAUAUAUUUUCACUCUUGUAUACAAUUUCAUGUAUACAAUUUCAUGUAUACUUGUCGCAGCAACACAUAAAGAAUUUGUGUAUUUCUUUGGGUUGUUCUUCAGCAGAUUUUAUAGUUCAUAGCUGAACGUUUUAUUUUUUCCAAUCGAAUAUUGGAAAGUUGUUUUCCCCCAUUGUAGACCAAAUUCAUUUUCUCAUACCAAUGGGAAAAAUUAACCAUUAUUUUAGUAUAUUUAUUUUCCUAAAUUUCCUGAAUUAUGUUGUAUUAAUAUUCACUAUUAUAUAUAAUUUCAUGUAUAAUUGUUGCAGAAACAGAUAAAGAAUCUAUGUAUUUCUGUGGGUUGUCCUUCUGCAGAUUUUAUUGUUCAUAACUGAACUUUUUAUUUUUUUCCAUCAAAUAUUGAAAGUUGUUUUCCCCCUUUAUAGAUCAAAUUCAUUUUCUCAUACCAAUAGGAAAAAUUAACCAUUAUUUUAGUAUAUUUAUUUUCCCAAAUUUCUUGAAUUAUGUUGUAAAAAUAUAUUUUCACUUUUGUAUACAAUUUCAUGUAUAUUUGUCGCAGAAACAGAUAAAGAAUAUAUGUAUUUCUGUGGGUUGUCCUUCAGCAGAUUUUAUUGUUCAUAACUGAACUUUUUUUUUCCAUCAAAUAUUGGAAAGUUGUUUUCACCCUUUAUGGACCAAAUUCAUUUUCUCAUACCAAUGGGAAAAAUUAACCAUUAUUUUAGUAUUUUUAUUUCAUUAAAUUAUAAUGUAAAAAUAUUUUUUCACUCUUGCUUUUAAUUUUUGUUUUUAUUGCUAUAUGUUUUUGUAUAGUUGUGCAAUUAAUUCUUUGUUAUGUCAAUAAAUACCUUUUGCUUGUGCAUA